UUCCUGGAAGUAAAUUUCAGCCAGUUUAUUCGUCCUGGUACUCGAAUAGUCUCAGUGUUUUGUGUACCGUAGUACAGAACCGAGUCGGAACAGUGUAAGAGAAAGCAACAUGGCUCAGGAGUUUGUGAAAGCGCAGAUUAAAGGAAAUAAAGUGGUGGUGUUCCAGAAGCCGUCGUGUCCUUACUGUACUCUGGCUAAAGACGUGCUGUCCAAAUACAAGUUCAAACCUGGACUUCUGGAGUUGAUUGAUAUCAACGGUCGGCAGGACACGGCAGAUAUACAGGAUUAUUUACAGCAGAUCACAGGGGCUCGGACUGUGCCACGAGUGUUCAUAGGUGAGGAGUGUAUCGGAGGAGGCAGUGAUGUGGAGGCACUUCACAAAAGUGGCACACUCGAGGGCAAGCUGCAGAAAAUUGGAGCUCUGCAGUGAUAAGACGAUGUCACAUAAUGCUGCAGCGGGAUUUGCGUAGCUGGCGUCUGCUCUGCUGAUACUCGCUGAGCUCCUGCAGGUAGCCUCUGGAGGGCCAGCGCAACCGUUCCACCUGUUCCCGCUCCUCAUCUGUCCAACAGCAGCACCGUGACCAUGCAGAAAACACAGCAACACAAAACCUCUCUAUUCUCAUACCCACAUGCAAGAAAUACAAGCAACACCCCAAACCCUCGUCAUAUCCAUAUGUGUACCUAAGUGCCUGUUUACCUGGCUGCCUUAUGCUUAUUCUGUUUGCACUUUUUAGCACUUAAAUUUCCAAUUGCAUGUCUGCCAUUUUGAAGUAAAUAAAUUGUAAACGGAAAUAAACUGUAAUCAGAAA